GCCUCCUCCUCCCCCAUCCCCAACCCACAGAAUUCAUUCAUUUCUCUAUCCCCCCUUCCCUUCCCCGCAACUACUCUCUGCUCUCUACUACACGCUUCCAAGAAACAGAGCAACCCACGCAGACCAGACCGAAAGCCAAAAUUCUCCAAGUGAUCCGGUCGCCAAUCCGGCCACGGAUCGAGGCUGCCGUCUGUUCCCGCCGCCGCCGCUGCCGCUGCCGAUGGGCUCCGCCGAUCGCAGUGAGAUCGAUGGGGUCGUGGUGGCGGAGAAAGGCGCGAGGAGCUGCGUCGAAUGCCGCGCCACCACCACGCCCAUGUGGCGCAGCGGCCCGACGGGGCCCAGGUCACUUUGCAAUGCUUGCGGGAUCCGGUAUAGAAAGAAGAGGAGGCAAGAGCUUGGCCUAGACCACAAGCAGCAGCAGCAGCAGAAUCAGCAACAGCGACAGCAACAUAAUGGUGAGGCAAAAACUGAAGUAAAAGACAGUAGUAGCAACAGUAGUAGCAGUGGGAGCAGCAACUUGCAGGCGGUGCAGAAACGGAGGCUCCUAAUGGGUGUGGAGGAGGCUGCGUUGUUGCUCAUGACCCUGUCUUCCUCACCCACAUCCACAUUGCUACAUGGCUAAGAACCCUACAACUCCAAAUCAACGAUGUACAUACACACAUACACUAGCCAACGAUUCCAAUCCAACCAUACAAAGUUUCUCAGUUUAUCUUCACCAGGAUAAGAUAGGGAGGCGAGGGGCCCUAUCUCAAGAUUCUGUGAUCCUGUGAUGGGGUUGGAUUAGUGCCUACCUAAUGACUCCAUCCUCUUUGUUCUCCUCUGUUUCGCCGUACCGUAGAUCCUGGUCAUGUCAGAAGCAUAUCUGUUCUGUGAUUUGUGGUAGGCUCCAUGAUCUGUUGAUCUCACUCCCCCACACAUCUUUUUCUCUAUCCUUUUCUUUUUUUUCUUUUGUUUUUUGUAUGUACUUUGAUGUUGCCCCUUUGUGAGGGAUUGACGAUCGAAAGGAGAUGUCAUCCCUCUUCUGAAAUAAAAAGGUGAAAAUAAUAAUAAAAGGCUUUUUAUUGUUUCAUUUCA